CAUCAUUUCCUUCUCUUCCAUCUCCAGCUGGCCUUUUAGGCUUUUUCAGGUGUCGCCGUCGCCUUUUUCUCCCUUCAACCUUGUCUCCGUCUCUCGUUAUAUUUCUGUCUUUUUUCUAGUCUUUCUUCGCCGGGAUGGCCAACUAUAACGCCGUUAACAACAACGGCAACCAUCCUUAUGGUGCAGGCGACCCAUACUACAACGAGUCCACUGGCUUCAUAACGCCCGUAUCCGCCGCCAAAAAGAAGACCAGCAACUGGAUCAAGUUUGGUAUCCCUGUCGCCGUCCUUGUCAUCGUUGGUGCUGUGGUCGGAGGCGUAGUCGGCAGCCGGAACUCUAAAAACAGCAACGACGCCUCCAGCUCGAGCAGCACCAACGCUGCAGCAGAAGCCAGUGCUGCCAGUGCUGCAGUUACCGCCAAGAAUGACAUAGGCAUAUAUGCCACCGCGACGAAUAGCGAAUUCAUGGUUCCAUUAUACCCCUCCACUACUAAUACAGCAGCAUUCACUACCCCCACCUUUGUUGAUACCUCCAGUGCUACUAAUGCCUGGCCAAACGAUUCUUUCAGCCCAUCAAACCCCAGCGCUACUUCUGUACGAAGUGAUCGCCCCCGACUCAUCGCUCCGGCAUACAAAUGGCAGGCCCUUCCAACUCUCAUAGCCAAUGAUCCUUACCUCAAAUACUGGAAUGAGACCAUCUUUGGGAAUGCCACGGACUAUUACAGCCAAGACCCUGUCGUUUAUCAUAUGGAUGGCGACAGCGGUAUCCUUGACAAUGCUCGUGAGGUCAAAAUGCGGGUCAAGGCUUUCGCCUACGUUUACCGCAUGACGAAUGACACCAAGUGGGUCGACCGUUGCUGGGAGGAAAUUCAAAACGCCGCUGGUAAUGGGACUACAUCGUUCGGUCCCACUGACGACAAAUGGAACUCGGGUCAUUUCCUUGAUACUGCGGAGUUCUCUUCCGCAUUUGCCAUUGCCUACGAUUGGCUUUACGAUGUGUGGACCGACGAGCAGAAGACCCAGAUGAGGUAUACCCUCAACUUGUACGGUCUGGGUCCCGGUGUUGCAGCAUACAAUGACCCUACCGUCUAUACGGGAUGGUGGAGGACCAACACCACCGGCAACUGGAAUUGCGUGUGUAAUGCCGGUUUGACGAUGGCCUCCCUUGCCAUCUUGGGCGAUGACACUACGACCAACGCAGAGACACUUCUUGGUCUUACCAUCGACAAUGCUUUGGAAAAUUGUGCUCAGGCCGUCACGGAUGAUGGUACAUGGGCAGAGACCGCCAAUUAUUGGUACUUUGGUACCACUGGUCAUGCCGAGAUGUCCUCGGCAUUGCUGACGGCCACAGGAUCUGAUUAUGGCCUGUUAGACUCCAACGUCAACUUCAAGAAGACUGGUGACUUUCACAUGUAUGUUUUCGGACCCACCUCUCUGUUCGAUUGGGGUGAUCAUGGCCCGAACAAAUUCUCCUCCACUGCCAACUCCAUCAUUUGGUACGGUACUUAUUUCGAUGAACCCGUAUACACCCUUUUCCAACGUGAACAACACGAUGCGCCUGAACCAUGGAGCAUGUUCUGGUAUGAUCCCACUGUCGUGGGAGCAUUCUGGGAUGGAAAGCCGUUGGAUUCCUUCUUUGAUAAUCAACUUGAUCAGUGGGUGUCGAUGAGGAGUAGCUGGACAGAUAUCAAUGCUCUUUAUGUCGCUAUGAAGGCCGGAAAGAACCAAGGUCACCAAACGCACAACGAUCUAGAUGUGGGUGACUUUGUUCUUGAUGCUUUAGGCACGAGAUGGGCAGGAGAGUUGGGAUCCGGGGAUUAUCUGUCAACGAACUACUUCAGCAACGAUACGCAGGAAAGUGACCGGUGGAAGUAUUACAGAAAGAUGACGGAGGGCCAGAACACGAUUCUGAUUGGCAAGACCAACCAAGAUGUGUUGGCUGAGCCGAAGAUCCUCAGCUCUGGGACAUCCAACACGACGCAGGGCUCGAGCACAGUAUUUACAGUUGACAGCGAUUCAACUGCGUUCUGGGUGGCUGACACGACCAGCGCCUAUUUCAAUGCGACUUCGGUAAAACGAGGUGUGCGGAUGCUCAACAAGCGGAAGCAGGUUUUAGUUCAAGACGAGGUCACGUCGACGGCUGACAUCCAGUGGCGAAUGCACACAAAUGCGACAGUCACGACCAACGGGUCGAAAGCCACAUUGGUUCGUGAUGGCAAGACGAUGGAGGUGUCAAUUAUCAGCCCCAGCAGUGCGACCUUUACGACGUCGAAUGCCACACGGUUUGACACGGAUCCUACACCGCCCGAUCCCGACCAACCGAAUCCAGGAAUUACGGUGCUGAUCAUUGAGCUCAGUGCGGGAACGAACAACAUCCAGGUUUUGUUUAACCCACAGUGGAAUGACGGCACAACUUUCGUUACACCUUCCUCUGUUGACCUCGACAACUGGUCUUUGACGAGUCAUAAUUAAUGCUUUUGAUGGACCAUGAUGGACUACCUAUUUACCCUUGAGAUUGGAUAUUUGUGGCUAUAAUUUACAUUAUACCAGCGGACUUGUAGGGGAACUUGUACGAAAAUGUAUUUGUUAUCCCCUGAGACCGGAGUAUUUGUCUGUGUUAUUAUUGUGGCGUGUCGGUUCCCCUGGCAGCGAGACCGAGGGGGUUGCCAUUUAUU